UUGUAGCGCGCGCGCUGUCUGGUGUCAGUCUGGACUGCGCUGGCUCUCCAGUCGUGUUCCUGGCGGCGCGCUCCUGAGAUGCUUGCGGGAUUCUCUGCCUUGGAGGGAACCGAAUCUCUCUCGACUAUUGCCCCGCCCCCGGAAGGGUGAGGAGACAGCUUUUUCUCUGGUGGAUCCUGAUCCCUGCGUCUGUCGUUGACAGCUUGGUCCCAGGUGUUUGUCGCCUAGAAACUUUGUUAUACCCACAAAACCAGAGCUCCAUGUUGACUGGUGCUUCAAAACCAGAAAGCGUUGUCCCCGCUGUGAACAAAUGGAAACUGGACAAGACCGAGUGGUUGCUCUUGUGGACAUGGACUGUUUCUUUGUGCAAGUGGAACAGCGGCAAAACCCUCAUUUGAGGAAUAAACCUUGUGCAGUUGUGCAGUAUAAAUCCUGGAAAGGUGGUGGAAUAAUUGCAGUGAGUUAUGAAGCUCGGGCAUUUGGGGUGACUAGAAAUAUGUGGGCCGAUGAUGCUAAGAAGUUAUGUCCAGAUCUUCUACUGGCACAAGUUCGUGAAUCCCGGGGAAAAGCUAACCUUACCAAGUACCGAGAAGCCAGUGUUGAAGUGAUGGGGGUGAUGUCUCAUUUUGCUGUGAUUGAACGUGCCAGCAUCGAUGAAGCAUAUAUAGAUCUGACUAGUGCUGUACAAGAGAGACUACAGAAGCUGCAAGGCCAGCCUAUAUCAGCAGACUUGUUGCCAACUACUUACGUCGAAGGCUUGCCCCAAGGCCCUAGGCCAGCAGCAGAAGAGACUGGUCAGAAAGAGGAGAUGCGUAAACGAGGAUUAUACGAGUGGCUUGAUUCUCUUCAGAUUGAUAACCUCGCCUCUCCGGAUCUGCAGCUCACCGUGGGGGCACUGAUUGUGGAGGAAAUGAGAGCAGCCAUUGAAAGGCAGACUGGGUUUCAGUGUUCAGCUGGAAUUUCACACAAUAAGGUCCUGGCAAAACUGGCCUGCGGACUAAACAAGCCCAACCGCCAGACCCUGGUGUCUCAUGGCUCCGUCCCCCAGCUCUUCAGCCAGAUGCCUAUUCGUAAGAUCCGAAGUCUUGGAGGAAAGCUAGGAGCCUCUGUCAUUGAAGUCUUAGGUAUAGAAUAUAUGGGUGAACUGACCCAGUUCACUGAAUCCCAGCUCCAGAAUCAUUUUGGAGAGAAGAAUGGAUCUUGGCUGUAUGCCAUGUGCCGAGGGAUUGAACAUGAUCCAGUUAAACCCAGGCAGCUGCCCAAAACCAUUGGCUGUAGCAAAAACUUCCCAGGAAAAACAGCUUUGGCUACUCGGGAGCAGGUCCAAUGGUGGCUUUUGCAGUUAGCCCAGGAACUGGAGGAAAGACUGACCAAAGACCAGAAAGAUAAUGACAGGGUAGCCACCCAGCUGGCUGUGAGCAUCCGUGUGCAAGGAGACAAACGUCUGAGCAGCCUGCGCCGCUGUUGUGCCCUCACCCGCUAUGACGCUCACAAGAUGAGCCAAGAUGCCUUUGCUGUCAUCAGGAACUGUAACACUUCUGGAAUCCAGACUGAAUGGUCCCCUCCCCUCACAAUGCUCUUCCUCUGUGCUACAAAGUUCUCUGUCUCUGCACCUGCAUCUUGCACAGAUAUCACUGCCUUCCUGAGCAGUGACUCAGGUUCUUUGCUAAAGAUGCCAGUCACCAGCUCAGAAGCUAAGACUCAGGGAAGUGACUUAGCGGUGACACCCAUCAAGAAAACAACCAGCUCUCUGGAAUCAUUCUUCCAAAAAGCUGCAGAGAAACAGAAAGCCAAAGAACCUUCAUGUUCGUCUCUUACAGCUGUUACCCAGACCCCCAUGGGCAAGUCACUAUUCAAGCCCCCAUUACUUUUCCAGACCAGUCAGACAUUGGGCAUAGAGCCCUUCUUUAAGCAGAAAAGUCUGCUUCUAAGGCAGCAUCAGCUCAGUAAUUCUUCAGUGUCUUUGCCUCCACAAAACUCACAGGCCAACUCUGAAGGGUUAGCCAACUCUUUUCCACCAGAACUUUCAGAGAAUGCCCCUGUUUGUGACAGAGCAUUGAAGCCAGACACCACUAAGGCAGUUUCUGCAGAGGAGGAUCUGACACAGAAAAGCCCAGCUGUGCCUGCCUUUUCAGCUCUCGAGUCUCUGAAGGUGGCCCCAGAGGCAGCAGCUACCUCUAGUCUCCUAACUGCUGAGGACCAGCUACUGUGUGAUAAGUGCAGCACCCUGGUUCCAGUGUGGGAGAUGCCAGAACACAUGGACUAUCAUUUUGCGAUGGAGUUGCAGAAAUCUUUUCUGCAGCCACCGUCUUCAACCUCCAGGGCUGUUCCAGCUGUGACUUCUCAAGGGAAAAGAAAUCCCAAGAGCCCCUUGGCCUCUAGUAGUAAACGCACCCGGCCUGAGGGCAUGCAGACACUGGAAUCAUUUUUUAAACCCUUAACACACUAAUGCUGCCUUCAGGCUUGCUGUAGGGUUUUAGUUUUUGUCUGGGCCCUGGGAGAUGAAAAUACAUUCAUUAUUCAAGGAUAUGCAUAUUGAUGAAAUUUGUAAUAAAAAAAAAAUCCAGGAAUUGCUGGAAACUCAUUUGAGUUUUUAACCUUUAGAGUUUAGGAAGGCAGUGUCAGAUAAAAGUUAUGUAGGCCUGGAGCCCAUGAAACCUGGUUCUACGUCUCCCCAGAAGGACAUGGUCACUUUCAUUUCCUCCUCUGUAGACUGAGAUCUUCACGUUAUGGAUCAUUGAAGAUUUAAAUGUAUGUAAAUGUAUUUAAAAUGCUUUACUUAAAGAUUUCAAGAGAAAGAAAUGACUAAAAGAUCAUUAAAAUUUCUUCCAAGCUCUGCUGAUGGGCAGUUCAGAUGA